GGGCUCUGGUGGUUAAGCUAGAAAAUGUGGGAGGGCUUCCCUUUCUCUGCCUCUAUUUUAUAGACAUGGGGAUGCUUCCAUUGCUUUGUGUGCUGAUGCAUUUCCUCCUCCCUCUUUGUUUUCCCUAAGCUGAGCCGUGAGCUAAAUCUGUACAAAGAAAUAAUGACUGCUUAUAAAUUGCUUGCCAUUAAUGCCUGAUAAUAUACAGUAAGAUAGGAUUCUGCAUACCAUUAAAUAUGUCAAAUAUUACAAACUUUAAGGUUCUUUUGAAAUUACAAUACUAAACUCAGUUCACUUUUGCUAACUUCACAGUUGUUGAUCACAUAGCAUGGUCAUCCACUCACAGCUUAAAAAAAUACAGGGAGCAUCGGAGAGAAUGGGUUCAAUGUAUCUAUGCCUGCCUACUUCAAUCUGCAAGGGAGUUUCAGAAAGGCCCCGCAUUCGCCGAGCCGAGACACUACUCGUCAACGAAUCAAAUUCAGUGACGACAGAGUAUGCAAGAGUCAUCUUCUCAACUGUUGCCCCCAUGAUGUCCUUUCUGGAACUAGAAUGGAUCUUGGAGAAUGUCUGAAAGUCCACGACCUGGCUUUAAGAGCAGAUUAUGAAAUUGCAUCCAAAGAACAGGACUUUUUCUUUGAACUUGAUGCCAUGGAUCACUUGCAGUCAUUCAUUGCAGAUUGUGAUCGAAGAACAGAAGUAUCUAAAAAAAGAUUAGCAGAAACCCAAGAAGAGAUUAGUGCUGAAGUAGCAGCAAAGGCAGAACGUGUUCAUGAGUUAAAUGAAGAAAUCGGUAAAUUGUUGGCCAAAGUGGAACAGUUAGGAGCUGAAGGGAAUGUGGAAGAAUCUCAGAAAGUAAUGGAUGAAGUAGAGAAGGCACGGGCAAAGAAAAGAGAAGCAGAGGAAGUUUAUCGGAAUUCUAUGCCAGCUUCCAGUUUCCAGCAGCAGAAGCUUCGAGUCUGUGAAGUCUGCUCUGCAUAUUUAGGUCUUCAUGAUAAUGACAGGCGACUUGCUGAUCAUUUUGGGGGUAAACUACAUCUGGGAUUUAUUGAAAUAAGAGAGAAGCUUGAAGAAUUAAAGAGAGUGGUUGCUGAGAAGCAGGAAAAGAGAAACCAGGAACGCCUAAAACGAAGAGAAGAAAGAGAGAGAGAAGAACGGGAGAAACUGAGGAGGUCGCGAUCACAUAGCAAGAAUCCCAAAAGAUCUAGAUCCAGAGAGCAUCGAAGACACCGGUCUCGCUCCAUGUCACGAGAACGCAAGAGAAGGACCCGGUCCAAGUCUCGGGAGAAACGCCAUCGCCACAGGUCCCGUUCAAGCAGCCGCAGCCGCAGCCGUAGCCAUCAGAGAAGUCGGCACAGUUCUAGAGAUAGGAGCAGGGAGCGAUCCAAGAGGAGAUCCUCAAAAGAAAGAUUCAGAGACCAAGACUUAGCAUCACGUGACAGAGACAGGAGUUCAAGAGACAGAUCACCUCGUGACCGAGAUCGAAAAGAUAAGAAGCGGUCCUAUGAGAGUGCUAAUGGCAAAUCAGAAGACAGGAGGAGCUCUGAAGAGCGUGAAGCAGGGGAGAUCUAAUUAGCUAUGUCUGUAUCUUCCAUCCUUAUGCUUCCUAUGGAGUCACAUACUAUUGUUAGUUUACAGCUGUUCAGGGGAACAGUGAGCAGUUCCAGACACUGAUCCAGUCAGGCUAGAUGUGUAGUAUCUAAUAACCUGAACUGAGCCUGUUCUCCUUGAUGAAGCCUAAAACUACAUCCAUAGUUUCUGGUGAGCCUGUGAUACAGUUUUGAACAUACAGUUUUAUAUAAUAAGAUGCUGAUCUCUAUCCUUUAAAGUAGGAGUGAUAGUGAAUGAAUUGUGUUAAUGCCUUGUAAUUUUUGAACAUUUGUAAAAUGCUCUCUUCCUUUCUACUCCAAACAGCAGCAGCUUUGGCAGUUUUUUCUUUUAAAUUCUUCUUCCUCUGACUUCUGUAUGCCCUAAUAUAUAUGCCUCCAACUAUAAAGGAAAACGGGGACAGGGAAGCAAUAUGACUUGUGUUCUAAAGUUUUAGUCCCGUUCGUUACUAGAUGAUGACAGUUCAGAGCAUUUAUACUGGAACGUGUGCUGGAGAAACUUAAAAUAUGGGGCUCUUUUGUUUGUUUGGUGCCUAUUUAGAGUUGGAAGUUGAACAGCUGUUGCAUUACAUACUUUUGCUUUUUUAUUGAAAAUUUGAAAUUGGGUUUGUCUUGAUUUUUCUGUUCUAUUAAAUUGCUAUGUUCAGAAUAUUCUAAGGGGGGAUGGGGCAGGGACUGUUUCGUAAUAAGCACUUGUUUCAUUUUGUGUGUGUGUGGAGUAUAAGGCUACACCCUUAUUGUAAAAAAUAAUAAAAUGAAAGAAACAAUCACCAUCACUAUCUUUCAACUGUAACUUCUCUAGUAAAUUGUCACUAGAACUAUUUGCUGUGGGUAUUUCCUUGUAUUCUGUAACAUCAUUAACAGUGCCCAACUGUACAAGGCACCAAAGGAAGAAAAUAGAUACUUUCAGAUUUCAGAUAAACUGUUCCUCCACCUGGGUCCCUUGCUGAAGAUACUCCACUACUUCAGAACUGUUUACAGCUUCUGUGAAGAAGGAUUGGACCCAUAGAAGCCACUAAGAGUUUCUUUUUUGUAUUUCUUAGUUAACAAGCCUGAAUAAAAACAAUAUGUAACCAGUA